CGUCCCCAGGUUUGUUUCCUGGAGUGUCUCAAAGAGAUCAGUCCUAACCUGCCCGAGCAGGAAUAACGGUCCUUCCGAACCACUAUUUCUAAGGCUUUAUUAUCGUUGCAAGGAUCCCUGCACAUUUCUCUCCGCAAUUGCUUACCGCGGCAGUCUUGUGUUAUCACUACAACCGAAGUCAACCGAAAAGAUACUACUAUACGAAAUCAGAUAUUGAGCCUGCGUGCUGCUGCUGCUGCUGAUUCAAGGAGUCGAGUCCAUGCGAGCUGCCAUCUGAUCCCCUCUUAUCAAUGAAGCACGAGAUCAUGGCGGAUGGCCCCAGGUGUAAGAGGCGAAAACAAGCCAACCCAAGAAGGAAAAACGCGUUGAAUUAUGAGAAUGUGAUGGACACUGGUUCGGAGACAGAGGAUGAGGACAAGCUGCUGGUAUCAGAGGAGGAUGGCCUACUCAACGGGGUGUGCAGCCCUGCCAGCCUGAAUAACCACGACGCUGGAUCCCCGAGGGUGGGCCAGGCCCUGACGACAAAGGAGGAUGAGGACGAUGACAUGAGGGACAGCGGAGUAGACCAUGUCUGGCAUGACAACGACAUGCUGCACGCCUCAGUCGACGGCACUGAUGAAAUGAAAGAUGAUUAUGACACUUUGGGGCCUGAUGCCCCUCUUCAGACAGUUGGAAACGGUACGGUUAAGAAUGUUGUUGAUUGCACUUCAGAGUUUGAGGACUUCUUCGCUACGCGUAGUAAGCUCCAGGAGGAGAGCCUGAGCGAGAGCCACAGCCACGUGGUCAGCAUCGCUGAGUACCUGCAGCGGGGCGACACUGCCAUCAUUUACCCAGAAGCACCCGAGGGAGAGGAGCUGUCCCGUCUGGGCACGCCCGAAGCGCUUGAAACAAACGGCCAGGAGGAAAAUGACCUGGAACCCAGACCUCCAGAUGCUUUCGCCCAACUGUUGACCUGCCCCUACUGCGACCGGGGCUACAAGCGCUUGACAUCGCUCAAGGAGCACAUCAAGUACCGCCACGAGAAGAACGAGGAGAACUUCGCCUGCCCCCUGUGCAACUACACGUUUGCUUACCGCACUCAACUUGAGCGACAUAUGGCCACGCACAAGCCCGACAGAGAUCAGCACCAACUGCUGAACCAGGGGGCUGGCAACCGCAAGUUCAAAUGCACAGAAUGUGGCAAGGCCUUCAAAUACAAGCACCAUCUGAAGGAACACCUGCGGAUUCACAGUGGUGAGAAGCCAUACGAAUGCCCAAACUGCAAGAAGCGCUUCUCCCACUCAGGCUCCUACAGCUCUCACAUCAGCAGCAAGAAGUGCAUCGGCCUUAUAGCAGUCAACGGGAGGAUGCGCAACAACAUGAAGACAGGCUCUUCCCCUACAUCAGCCUCGUCCUCCCCCACUAACACCGCCAUCACCCAGCUGAGACACAAGCUAGAGAACGGAAAUGGAAACGGCAAGCUCCUGGGCCACCAUCAGGACCAGAACAACCACCACCUGAACAUCAAAACAGAACCACUAGACUUCAACGACUACAAACUCAUGAUGGCCUCCCAUGGCUUCAGCGCACCUGCGCCCUUCAUGAACGGAGGGAUGGGGGGAAAUAGCAGCCCGCUAGGGAUCCACUGCUCAGCCCAGAGCCCCAUGCAGCACCUGGGGGUGGGGAUCGAACAACAGCUCCUUGGUUACCCGUCCCUGAGCAACAACCUGAGCGAGGUCCAGAAGGUGCUCCAGAUCGUGGACAACACUGUGUGCAGGCAGAAGAUGGACUGCAAACCGGAGGAGAUCUCCAGGCUCAAGGCUUACAUGAAGGAGCUCGGGAACCAGAUCGAGGAACAGAAACAGGGACUGACGUCACAGGGGGGUCACCAGAUUGGUCUGCCCGUCAUCAGCCAUAACGGUGCCACUAAAAGCAUCAUCGACUACACAUUAGAAAAAGUGAACGAAGCCAAAGCUUGUCUCCAGAGCUUGACCACGGACUCAAAGAGACAAAUUAGCACUAUCAAACGCGAGAAAUCCAACCACAUGCUAGAUUUAGGUACAGAGGAUAAGAUGCAUGAGAACAACAUUAUGUUUACACCCUUUGCUUGCCAAUACUGCAAAGAAGCCUUCCCAGGUCCAAUUCCCUUGCAUCAGCAUGAACGUUACCUGUGUAAAAUGAAUGAGGAGAUCAAGACAGUUCUCCAGACUAGCGAGAACCUUAUGCCCACAAAACAGGGGAUGUUUACAGAGAAGCAUGCCCUCCUGCUCUCGUCCAUGCUGUCUGAGAAAAGCCCCAUCAACCCGUACAAGGACCACAUGUCAGUGCUCAAGGCCUACUUCGCUAUGAACAUGGAGCCCAAUUCAGAGGAACUACUGAAGAUCUCCAUAGCAGUCGGCCUUCCUCAGGAAUUCGUCAAAGAGUGGUUCGAGCAGAGGAAAGUUUACCAGUACGGCACCCCAAGAACUCCACCAUUAGAACAACAACGGAACAACCAUGCAGAUAUGGUUCUAGCCGCAAACAACCACAACCACACUCCCUCUAAAGACUCAAUGGCAGCGAGAUCCCCAGUGUCCCUGAUCAAGUCUAAUAACCGUGACCGCAACCGUGACCACCAUAUCACGUCCCCCUCCAUUGCAGAGCUCCAUAACAACGUCAACAACUGUGAGAACCAGCUCAGACUCAUGAAAGCUAACACGUUCAGUGGACACACCAAACACAUGGGUGACCACUCCAAAUUGGACCACCAGUCAAGGAGCAGCACACCUUCUCCUUUGAACCUUUCCUCCACAUCUUCCAAAAACUCCCAGAGUAGCUCAUAUACUCCAAACAGCCUGAUGUCUGAGGACCUGAACCUCAACAUGAACCUGUCUGAACAACCACUGGACCUGUCACUGCCAAAGCUCAUGAAGGAGCCCAAACAUGCCAUGACCGUGAAGAGCAGACCUAAACUAAACGGUAUUAACCACCAUGACCACUCCAGUGUUCCCUCCCCACGAGAACACUUCGAAGAGCCACUUAACCUGGCCUAUCUCAAGAAGGAGUUUGAAGCCAGAGGCCAGAACCACCACAAUGGAGACCUCAACAAAAGCACCAGCCCCUUGUUCGGGAUGAACCCCUUCGGUGCCAAACCUAUGUACACGUCGCUUCCGCAACAGAGCGCAUUCCCACCGGCCACCUUCAUGUCUCCGAUGCAGGCCAGCAUGCCUGGGCUGAGGCCGUACCCAGGGCUGGAGCAGAUGGGCUUCCUACCACACAUGGCCUACACUUAUGCAACAGGAGCAGCUACCUUUGCUGAGAUGCAGCAGCAGCAGAGGAGAAAAUACCAGCGAAAGCCUGGUUUCCAGGGGGAGCUGCUAGACGGAACAGCAGAUUACAUGUCAGGACUGGAUGACAUGACCGAUUCAGACUCCUGUCUGUCCCGGAAGAAGAUUAAGAAGACAGAAAGUGGUAUGUACGCGUGUGACUUGUGCGACAAAACAUUCCAGAAGAGCAGUUCCCUCCUAAGACACAAAUAUGAACACACAGGUAAACGGCCACAUCAGUGUCAAAUCUGCAAGAAGGCAUUCAAACACAAGCACCACCUUAUAGAACAUUCACGACUGCACUCUGGCGAGAAACCGUACCAGUGUGACAAGUGCGGGAAGCGCUUCUCUCACUCGGGCUCCUACUCCCAGCACAUGAACCACCGUUACUCUUACUGCAAGAGGGAGGCCGAGGAGAGGGAGGCGGCCGAGAGAGAGGCCCGGGAGAAGGGCCACCUCGAGCCCACAGAGCUACUAUUGAGCCGGGCCUACUUACAGGGCAUGAAUCCUCAGGGCUACCCCGACCUGGAGGACCGCGAGGGCAUUCUGAGGGAAGGAGGGAUGAACGGAGGCAUGAGAGAUCGUCAGAAGGAAGUUGAAGGAACGUACGCGAAAAUAGGACGUAGGGAAGAGGACUUUGAGGAGGAGGAAGAGGAGAGCGAGAACAAGAGCAUGGACACAGAUCCAGACAUGUUGAGGGAUGAGGAGGAGAACGGCGAGCACUCGAUGGACGAUAGUUCGUUGGACGGGAAAACAGAAACCAAAUCGGAUCACGAGGACAAUAUGGAGGAUGGCAUGUAAUAAAACUACUGCAUUUAAAAAGCUUCCCAUCUUACUUUUCUGUUCAUUAUUGUUACCUGCUUGGUUUUUAACGCUGCUGUGUUGAAGCUGUACAUGCACGUGCCUGAAGCUUCUAGGAAGCUUUGUAUUGAAGGACUCAAAGGGUGGUGGUUGUAUAUGUCUGCCCAAGGAGACAUUGAUUUGAAGUUUGAUUUUGGG